ACUUAAGGGCGGCACUGCGAUGGAUCUGACAGCUCUGAAACUUCCCGUCCUCUGACUAUUUCACUCCCUUCUCUAAUUUACCCCCAAUUUCUCCUCCAAAUCAUUUGCGCUCCCCCCUGCCUGGAGAUUACCGAUCCUGACUCCUCACCGGCGCGGGGGUCGUGACCCCCUCCCUCUCGCACCGACGGCCUCCUCCGGACUGGCGCGGUGCCUAGAUCCGCCCAGGCUCGGAUCGAUUUCUUCUUUUCUUGGUUCUUCUUCAGCGUGCAAGAUCAAUCCACCCAAACUGCCCGUCCAGUCUAUUUCUCCAGAAAUUCCAGAUGUUUCGCAGCAAGUCGCUGCCCAGGCCCAAGGACACAUCGGUCGUCGUCGUUGUUUUGGAGACGACCGAGGUGUACAUUGUGAUCAGCUUGUCGACGAGAAGUGAUACUCAGGUCAUCUAUGUCGACCCAACCACCGGUGCCCUGCGCUACCUGGGCAAGUACGGGGAGGACGCCUUUGAUUCUGAGGCAGCAGCAUUGAACUACAUCACUGACGGAUCAAGGAUUCUGUCCAAGAGCACCACAUACGCAAAAGCAGUGCUGGGCUAUGCAGUGUUGGGAAGCUACGCUUUGCUUUUAGUUGCGACACAGUUGAGCGCAACAGUACCGAACCUGCCUGGAGGUGGAUGCAUAUACACAGUGGCGGAGAGUCAAUGGAUAAAGAUUCAGCUGCAGAACCCCCAACCUCAGGGGACUGGAGAGCAGAAAAAUAUCCGUGAAUUGGCUGAUCUUGACAUUGAUGGGAAGUACUACUUCUGUGAGACAAGGGAUAUUACCAGGCCCUUACCAAGCCGUAUGACACUACGGGAACCAGAUGAGGAAUUUGUUUGGAAUGAGUGGCUUUCAAAGCCCUUUAAGGACAUUGGCUUGCCAGGGCACUGUGUCAUUCUUUUGCAGGGGUUUGCUGAGUGUCGAAACUUUGGAGGUGCAGGGCAGCAAGGUGGGUUAGUUGCCCUUAUUGCACGCCGUAGUCGAUUGCAUCCUGGAACCCGCUAUUUGGCUCGUGGACUGAAUGCAUGUUCAGGCACAGGUAAUGAGGUAGAGUGUGAGCAACUUGUUUGGGUUCCUAGAAACGGUGGACAGUGUAUCCCUUUUAGCUCAUAUAUCUGGCGGCGUGGAACUAUACCAAUAUGGUGGGGUGCAGAAAUAAAGAAUGCUGUGUCAGUAGAAGCUGAAAUAUAUGUUGCUGAUGAUCCUUACAACGGGAGCUUACAAUACUACCAACGACUGAGUAGAAGAUACGGCAAUAAAUCAUCUGAAGCGAAUGUAUCUAGGCAUAAGAAAUCUGGAAUGGUUCCCAUUAUUUGUGUUAACCUACUAAGAUACGGUGAAGGAAAAACUGAGUCAGUUCUUGUUGAUCAUUUCAAAGAAUCUCUGCAGUACAUGAAGUCUACUGGAAAGCUUGGUAGCACGUGGAUUCAGUUGAUAAAUUAUGACUGGCAUGCCACUGUGAAGUUAAAAGGACAGCAGCAGACAGUUGAGGGCCUAUGGAGGCAUCUGAAAGCACCUACAAUGGCCAUUGGCUUCAGUGAAGGGAAAUACUAUGAUGUAAGGCAGCAGCUUAAGGAAUGUAAAGGAUCAAUUAUCUGUAAUGACGACAUAAAUGGUGGAUUUUGCAUGGAAUCUAUUCAAAAUGGGGUGAUACGUUUCAAUUGUGCAGACUCUCUUGAUCGGACCAAUGCUGCUAGUUACUUUGGGGCACUUCAAGUUUUUGUUGAACAGUGUAGUCGAUUGGGUAUCUCACUUGACAUAGAUGCGAUGUUUGGGUUAUCAAGCAGAUAUUCUGAAUAUGACAGUCGAAAUGCUCGUUCUUUGCCCCCUGGAUGGGAGGAGCGCUUUGACUCUGUAACAGGAAAAUCAUUUUAUAUCGAUCAUAAUACACGAACGACCACAUGGGAACAUCCAUGCCAGGAGGCUCCACAGAAGCCGUGGAAGAGAUUUGAUAUGACAUUUGAUCAGUUCAAAGGCUCAACAAUGCUUGCUCCAGUGAACCACCUUGCUGAACUUUUUCUUUUGGCCGGCGAUAUCCAUGCCACGUUGUACACUGGCUCAAAAGCUAUGCACAGUGAGAUUCUGAACAUAUUCAAGGAGGAAACAGGAAAGUUUAGUAAAUUCUCAGCUGUUCAGAAUGUGAGGAUUACAGUGCAAAGAAGGUACCACAAUUAUCUGAAUGAUAGUUCCCGCCAAAAGCAGUUGGAGAUGUUCCUUGGAUUGAGGCUAUAUAGGCAUCUCCCGUCCAUCCCUAUGUUCCCUCUCAAAGUGCUAUCAAGGCCGUCUGGAUGCAUGUUGAAGCCAGUUCCUAGUAUCACCCCAGUGGCUGAUGGUGGUUCCAGUCUUCUCAGCUUCAAAAAGAAGGAUCUUAUUUGGGUGUGUCAGCAAGGUGCAGAUUACGUUGAACUUUUUAUAUACCUUGGGGAACCUUGUCAAGUCUGUCAACUGCUUCUUACUGUCUCCCACAGUGUUCAAGAUUCUUCAUAUCCAGCAACUGUAGAUGUUAGACUUGGUUCAAGCAUAGAUGCCCUUAAGCUUGUGGUUGAGGGUGCUUGCAUUCCACAGUGUUCGAAUGGCACAAAUUUGUUGAUUCCAGUCACUGGAAGAAUUGAUCCAGAGGACUUAGCUGUUACAGGAAAAAGUGCUAGGCCUAACGUUCAAGAGAGCACUUACCUUCCAUUGUUGUAUGACUUUGAAGAGUUAGAGGGAGAACUAAACUUUUUAAAUCGGAUUGUUGCAUUAUCUUUUCAUCCAUCUGCCGCAUCGAGGACACCCAUUACUCUUGGUGAGAUUGAAGUACUUGGAGUUUCUCUUCCAUGGGCGGACAUGUUAAACAAUAGUGGACGUGCUUCUGAAUUUAUGGAGCUUCUCCAUAAAAAAUUAUCACAUGCUCACUGUGAUCUAGGUUUGAAGUCUUUUGCAAAUUCUUCUGGGCCUGGGAAUGAUUCUCAUGGCAGUGGUGGGUCUUAUACUAAAAGUUCAUCAUCAGUUCAACCAGGUGGUUCGGAAAAUUUGUUGGAUUUUCUCACAGGUGAUUUUGACAUGUCGAAGUCACAUGUAACUGAAAAUACAUCUUUUGGUAAUGGGGAACAAACAAACUUCUUAGAUGAUGGAUUUGAUGUUAACCCUUUUGCCCCUUCAUUGGAAGUUCCUGCUCCUAUAGUGAAUAACCAGGUUGAAGAAUGUGGCAGCACACAGCUUUAUCUUCAAUUUUUGGAGUCCCUGUCUGGCUAUAAUAAGGGAAAGGGUCUUAAUUUUGAGCAAAUGAUGAAGCUAGAAAUAAAACGUCUCCAUCUUGGUCUUUCUGCCGCUGAAAGGGACCGAGCAUUGUUAUCAGUUGGUGUAAUUCCUGCCACAGUAGAUCCAAACCGUUCAGUUGAUUAUUCUUACCUGUUGAAGUUGUCCAGCUUAGCUGAUAAUCUAGUGCUGCUGGGCCAUGCAGUCCUUGAGGAUCGUGUUAAUGCUUCAAUAGGGCUUGAAAAGGGCAGUGAACACACCAUAGACUUUUGGAACAUCAGUGAAAAUGAUGCCUGCUAUGAUGGGGCAUGUGAAGUCCAUGCUCCGUCUUCAUUACAAGCUUCAUCCACUGGAGAAAAUCAAUCAGUAUUUGUGGAAUGUUCCCAGUGUGAAAGGACAGUUUGCAAAGCUUGCUGUGCUGGGAGAGGAGCCUUCCUUUUGCUUAACACCUACAAGGAUCUGAAGAUAUAUGGUGGGAGUCAAGGUGGUGGCUAUUCAGCACUGGCAGAUAGUUUUGUGUGCAAAUCAUGCUGCAGUGAAAUUAUCAAACGUGCAUUGUAUGUGGAUUAUGUCCGGGUUCUUCAGAGUUUGCGGAGAAAAGACCGUGCAGAGAAAGCAGCGCUGAAUGCUGUGAAUCAGGUCUGCCAACUAGAAUCCAGCAAAAUAUCUGAUUUAUCGCAUAAUAUUCAAACCGGUCAGAGACAAUUGAAACAGAUCCUUGAUGGUGAAGAAUCCCUCGCAGAAUUUCCAUAUGCAAGCUUUUUACAAAUGGUUGAAACUGCUGAUGACUCUGAACCACUGCUAUCAUUAUUGGCACCUCUUGGUACUGGAGAUUACAAAUCUUACUGGAAAGGUCCUGAGAAUAACACUUCAGUGGAGUUCUCGAUUAUUCUUGGUGGUUUAUCAGAUGUUGCAGGUGUUGCUAUAAUUGUCAGUUCUUGCGGUUACACAACAUCUGACUGCCCUAUUGUAGAGAUAUGGGCCAGUAAUAAAAUGCACCGAGAGGAUCGGACAUUCAUAGGAAAAUGGGAUGUACAAGAUAUAGCAUCUUCAUCUCCGCAUCUUUGUGGACCUGAAAAAUCUAGUAGCAUGAUUGAAGAACCAAGACACGUUAAAUUUCACUUCCCAAAUCCUAUUCGCUGUCGUAUAGUUUCAAUAAGAAUGACACUUCCCCAUAUUGGUUCUCGUUCAACCAAGUUCAGUGAGGAGUUUGAUCUUCUGUCAUUGGGUGAUAGCUCGUUUUAUGAAUCAAAACCGAUCAAUCCACAGAAUUCAUUUAUCCAUGCAAAAAGAAUUCUCGUUUUUGGCAGUUCUUUGAGGAAGGAGAUGGAGCCUGACACAUCUGGGGGAAUAAUGAGAAUGAAAAGUUAUUUAGACAGAUCACCACCCUUGGGGAGAUUUAGGAUUCCAGUUGAAGCUGAGAGGCUGAGAGAUAAUGAUCUUGUUCUUGAGCAAUAUGUCUUACCUAAUUCACCUGGAAUAGCUGGAUUUCGGCUUGAUUUUUUCAGUGUUAUAAGGCCUCGUGUGACCCAUUCACCUUCCUCUUCAGAAUUGGACACAAGGGAGUUUUCAUUGACACGCUUGGAAGAUAGAUAUGUAAAUCAAGCAAUUCUUUAUAUGCAGGUCACAAUUGUUAAGGAGUCUGGCAAGGUGGUUGUAGAGGAAUACCGUUUACCAGAAGUAAAAGCGAAUACAUCACUAUAUUUUGAUUUUCCAGAUCUACAACAAGAUGUUCGUUGUGUUAUCUUUAGAUUACUUGGGGAUGUCACUGCCUUUGUUGAUGACAUUUCUGAGCUUGACGGCUUGAACUUUCGAAAUCUUCCUUUGGCAUCUGGAUUGUCUUUGUCAAAUAAGAUCAAGUUGUACUACUACGCUGAUACAUAUGAGAUGGGAAAGAUCGGCAGUCUCUCAGCAGUAUAAUGUGGAAAGAUCGGCAGUCUCUCAGCAGUAUAAUGUAUCUGAGGUCAGAGAUGCCAACAUGGGAUAUUAACAGAGGAUUGUUGUAAACUAUUGUUUCUGUGUGUUGAUGCGGGAGUGGCUGGCUGUUUCAACAAAUACAUGAUGUCUUUUUGGAACAUUCUUUUUCUUCGGUUUUCAUGAUCAGAUGAUCCGAUUCGAGGGAUCAAGGGAUUUUGCCAGUAGAAUUUCUGGAAGUUCAUUUUUAUGUAGAAUAUCUGGAAAUUCAGUACGAUUGCAGUUUCAGGAACUGCCAGGUACAUUUGUCAAUACCUGUAUGGGACCUUUGUAGGGCUAAGAAGUGAAUUUGCAUUUGGUUCUUUUUGGUCAUACAUAUUUUGAGCACAAAAUUUUACCAGUCCAUUUGUAUGAUACACGGCAAUGCAGUUUAUGACUCUGUUAGCUUGAACAGAACUGAUGAUAUUUGAGACUAUGGGACCAAAAAAGGUUGGUAACCAGUUUAAUGGCAA